UUUUGGCUUCAGUCAGAUAAAUUUCGGCACUCGGUCGGCGCGGAAGGAAAUUUCGCCAAGUCGCGCGCGGAACGUUUUUAUAGUUGAACGAGUGUUUGUGUGAGUGUGCGCACCUUUUGAUGGCUGAGGCGCACACUUUAUUUUUCCUCCCGUGAUUAAUUAGUGGGGAUCUUUCUGCGCAAAGAAUUCGGGUAAUUUCAUCAAUAUCAGUCGGGAAAGUGCUUGAUUUCGGUGGGAUCGGAUUACAGAUGGACAUCGGGAGUGCGAAAAUCAUGCGGAUCGAAGAAGUUGAAGACGAUCGCUGAAAUAAUUUGUGAAGAAGCAAUAUGGUUGUGGUUGUGUGAAGGGUGAUCGUGACACGGAGUGUCACAACUGUGCGGGAUUUGCAAGAUUGAAGAUUCAUUCAUCGUGUCAAGCGAACAUUGUAGUACUAGAGCGCGGUUGGACAACAAUGGCGGAUGAAAAGCGGUUUUAGCAACAUGGCGGCCUGAAGCGAUGAGUGCGCGUCGGUUUUGACAGCCCACUAGAACAGAAAAAAAACACCAUCAGAGUAGGCGAGGGUAUUCAAAACAAACAGUGUGUAGUGAUUUGUCGACGUGGCCGCGGGCAGAGGGCUGCUAGCUGCCAGCUUUAACGACCGGAUUUUAUGUGACCGCGCGAAUAAAAGUGGCGAAUGAGCUAUUAAAAAAGGAGAUUGCGAUUUUUUUCGUGCCAUUCGCAAAUCUGUUGACGGAUUGAUUUUUCAACUGGCGUCGAGAAACCGGGAAGAAAAAAUCAAAGUGUGAAGCAACCGCAAGGAUAAAUCGCUCAAAAAACUAAAAAACCGCAUUGGAAAAGUGUUACCCGGUGCCAAAAAACCCGUCCAACUGCAAAACCAUGAAACUGUGGAAAUCCAAGAAAAGUUCCUCCGGUUCGGGCAGCAGUUGCGUUCCCGGAGCCGGAGGCGGAAGUGGCAAGGGCGGGACACUAUCGAAAAGCUGCAAUUUCAAUGGGCACAGUAGCAACAGCAGCAACAACAGCUUCGAGGAUAAUAGCGUCGAGACGUCGUUCAUCAACCCGACGGGGGGCAGCAGUGGCAAUGGUGGAGCGGUUUCGUCGUCGGCUGCGAUAACAACCGCUGGGACGCCGUCGGCUGGUCUGAUGCAGUCUGGAGGAGGACCAGGAGGAACCACUGGGAGCAUGCUGUCGGCAAUCGAUCGAGCUAUGAGUCCGGCACAAUCCGAGGAUUCCGGCCUGGCAGCUGAUCGCGGAACAACCUACGCCACAAUUUCAAUCCCCCGUGACCAGGGGGCGUCCCUCGGGAUCAUUCUGGCAGAACGAUCGGAUUUGUCUUAUCCACCGGUGGUUGAAUCUAUAAACGGGCCUGCUGCGGAUAUAUUGGCGCCAGGGGACCGUAUUCAUCAGAUCGAUGGUAUCUCGACGAUCGGACUCACCAAUCAACAUUUGUUCAGCAUACUGGCACACGGCGAGGGACCGGCCGUCAUUGAGAUCGAGUAUUCGUUUCCGGAGUACAUUUCACAGAACAGCUUGUGCGUGACCACCAAACUGGCCCAGAUCACGGUGGAGCGUGAAAAUGGCUGCCUGGGGCUGACGCUACGUGGCGGCGGAGAGUACCCGCUGAUCGUGACGAACGUCCGGAUGCACGGCCCGGUGUUCAAAACGGGACAGAUCAAACCGGGCGAUCGGGUGCUGCGGGUCGAUAAUGCAUCGCUGGUCAACAAAACUCUUUCGGAGGCGCAGCAUAUCCUGAAGAAUGGUCACCUGUCAGGAUACACAAAUUUGACGAUCGAGUACGACGUGUCGGUAAUGCAGAGCGUGGAGUUCAGCAUGGGUCCGCUGCUGCUGGAGAUCGAGCGGCCGUUGAACGAAAAGUUGGGAUUGAUCCUGAGCAAUUACUCGAGUGCCGUCAACCAGAGCGACAUCUACCACGGUGGUAAGCUGGACGAGGUUCAACCAGCCGGGAUCUACAUUGCCAGCAUUCUGCCGGCAAGCAUUGCCGAUCGAUGUGGCGCCUUAUCGGUUGGCGAUCAGCUCCUAUCGGUGGACGAAACGAUCGUGGAGAACAGUGCCUUCUCGCCGGAGGAAGUGUCCUCGCUGUUGGACGCCAACUGCACCAAAGGUUACACCCAGCUGCAGAUUCUGCCAGCGCACACUUUGAUUCGGAGAAGAGGAAUCGCCUGCUCCAGCCCGAAGUACGGCUUCAACACGGUGGACUCCCGCAAGAAUCUCUCGGCCGCGGCUAAGAGCCGUCGUCUUGUACGCAAGAGCUCCCUUCCGCAACCGGCGGAGAACGGCGCCACCCUUCAUCCGAACGUGGGCCUCUGCAAGGCGGAAACCAUCCAGCUGGUACUGGAUUGCUCGCAAGGCUCCGGAAUCUGCCUGGGACCGAAGACUCCGUGCGGACGUGGCUACAUCAUAGCACAAAUCGUACCCGACUCAGUAGCCGAGCGUUCCGGGUGUGUCUCGAAAGGGGACCGCAUUCUGGCAGUUAACAAGAUGUACAAUCUGGACGCGAACACGAUCCGGCAGGUGCUGGGAGAUUUUGGACCGAAGACGGCAGCCAAUCACUACCACAAUCAACCGCAGACGACGAACUGGGUCGAACUGGAGCUGGAGUUUGACGUAGCGGACGCCGUGAUUCCCUCGAGUGGAGUCUUCAACAUCAAGCUGAUCAGACAGAACAAGUGCGGCUUAGGGAUCACAGUCAACGGCAAUAGUCAUGGUUCGUUCGUCAUAUCGGAAGUUAAGCCGGGAAGUGCUGCCCACAGGACGGGAUCAUUGAGAGCUGGUGAUGUUCUGCUGGCGGUCGACAACCAUCCAGUUCAGCAUUACAAUCUGGAUUUACUGUUGAAAGAGAGCAAGAAUGAGUACAUCACGUUAACAGUGAAGAGAAACUCGCUACCGGAUUUCCUUUUCGAUGCACAACAGAAGACAAAUUUGCUGUACGGCAGUACGGAGGACAACGCUUACAUCUACGGAAACAGAUACAACGAAUCACCAUCCCUGAAAUCGAACAACAACGUAGACUAUUUCCAAAUCGAGGACAACUCGCAGUACCAACAGCCUCAGCAGUUACGGCGACCCAUGUGGAACCAUCCAACGCUGAAUGACGUCCUUCCCGCUCCCGGAAACUCAAUGACCCAAAGCACCGGUACGCUGAAGGCCCUCCAUCACCCCUCACAGCAGCAGUCCCAUCUGCAAUCCUCCAGUGCGGAGAACCUUCCGCACCCGUCCAACCAACUGCUCGCUUCGGACGGUGAUCUCUGCGAGGAUCGCUACGACGAUAUUGUCCACUACAAGAUGGCGUCGAUGAACAUCAACAGCACAAACUACGUAUCAGCCGCCGGUGGAGGGGCGGGAAUAGCCGGCGGUGGAGUCAACGGCGGUUCCAACGAUCAAAUCCAUCAGAUCAUCUUCAACGUACGGCUGGAACCGAAUGGGGGACCGCUGGGAAUCACGCUAGCCGGUAGCGAUGAUCUGCAGAAGCCUAUCAAGAUCAGUGCUCUGACGGAGGGAGGCAUAGCGUACAACAACGGCCAACUGAAGGUCGGCGAUUGCUUGCUGGCUAUCAAUGGAGAAAGCAUUUGUGGAGUUCCGUUGACGACGGCGACCAAGCUGCUGCACAAGUUCGAGAACGUGGUCGACUUGCAGAUAUCCCGAACGGAGUGCGUUGGAGGAUCGCGGAAUCAUGGACUGGGCGUUGGAGGAGAGCCACAACCGCAGGCGGUCUAUGCGAAGGUCCAGCGUAGACCACGAAGUCCUUCGAUCACGGAUGCGCUGUCGACGAACUCCAACUCUAGUGGAGCAGGAAACUGCCGGACGCUGCACGUGACCCUAUUCAAGGAUCGAGUCUACGACGACUACGGAUUCUCCGUGUCGGACGGUCUGUACGAGCGGGGUGUCUACAUCAACAGGAUCCGCAGCGGAGGACCGGCCGAUUUGGUGGGGAUGUUGAGGCCUUUCGACCGGAUUGUGCAGGUCAACGGAACCAAAACGCAGGACUUCGACUGUUGCCUGACCGUGCCUUUAAUAGCCGCCGCUGGGGACAAGAUCGAUCUGGUAAUACAGCGGCCCCUGACGGUGGAAUAACCUCCGUGGUGGAGGCGACCGCCGCCCACCGGUUUGAGGAAUCUAAUCCAACAAGUGCCAUUUCCAGAGCGAAAAGCAAGCCAAGGUGCCAAUUCGAAGAAGCCAAAUCCCAAAGAAUAGUUUUACUCGUAAGCAUUUGAAAUCAUUCGUAUACUCGGAAGGUUUUGUCCCUACUCUCUUUUGUCCCUCCAUUCAUUCAUCAUUUACUUCAAGUAUACUCUUAUCGUAUUUAUUAUCUACACAUGAACGCCUAAAAUCUAAAAACUUCUCUAGAAAUUAGAUAACUCCAAACUUUUACACAAUACUCGUUAUAGGACAAUAAACCAAAGUUAGUGCAAGGUUUUUCUCGCAGAUUUUUCGAGUUCAUCAGAGUUUUUCAACACGACAAGUUCUACUAUAGGGUUAUCGAAAAGAAAAAGUCAAUUUUUACAACCGA